AUGAGUUCAAACAUCACCACAUUCACUAACGUCAAUCAUUCCGACGGUUUGAUUGAAAUAAUUUUAGGUAAAUCUGUUGAAACAAUUAUUGUCAACAACGAUUUCUAUUAUCGUUUUCAAGAUCUCAAACACAAAUAUGAAUCUUAUUCCAAGUAUUCCAAAAAUAACGAUGUCGUUAAAAUUGGACGAAAAGGGCUUACCUAUGUGUGUUUGGAGAUCGCUCUAGAUAUUAUAACAAAAGAGGACAAUUAUCGGUCCCAUUUAAUUAACUAUCUCACCCAACAACAAUUACAACGAUUCCAAAACAAUUCAGAAACGAUGCAACAAACAUCACAAACAAGUACUUCUUUUUCCAACAUUUCACAAGACAUUCCUAAUGCUCCGUCUACGUCCUCUCCAACAAAAAGAAAACAAACUCUGCAAGAAUUGGAUAAACAAAACAAAACAAACGCAACACCAUCUCUCUCUAUCGCGAAGCCAAAAGUGUUGACUAAACGAUCACGCAAUACAGAACAUGAUAUUAAAGAAAUAACUAAAAAAAAAAAGGAAAGUAAAAGGAUAAGAGAACAAGAAAUUGACACCUAUUUAAAUAGACUGAUAGAACAAUAUGAUAAAGAAAAGAAAGAUAUUGUGAAAGCCAAUAUAUCAAAAGUCAAUCUAGUGGCUGCUUCAGAAACACGAGAUAUAUAUAUUCAACAUAACGCAUUACGAAACAAUUCAAAUAGUUUUGAUGCUGCUUCGCGACAACACUCCAAAUUUUUUGAUCUAUUUAGCGAAAUUUCCAACCUGUGUCAUAUCAAAUUUUCUCAUUUGCUGUAUCAUCAUUUCAGAAAAAACCCAGAGGCAAUUCUUUCUCUUGCACAAGCAAUAAGUUCUUCCAAUCACGUCUCCGAUAACGAAAAAGAAACAUUUAGAAAGCUAAAACAAAUGUCGUUAAAACCAGUCUCUUUAACCAAACAACUGAAGGUAAAAGAUGAACUAUGUUGCUCCAACAAAGCUUGGAAAGAGCAUAUUUUUUCGUUGGGACUAAACGAUAUUCUUAAGGCGGAUCUUAAAGACAUAGAAGGACAAGUAACGAAUGCCUUAGUUGAAUAUUUUGGAAUACAACAUGUAUUAAAAGGAUUUGUGAUGAAAUUGGAACCUGUGAUCAUUGCAGCUGUAAAAAGUCACCUGCAUACCGUGUUUCUAAGAAAACAACAACAACGUCCUGUAAAUGAAGAGUUACCUGAUUCUUUGGUAAUCAAGAUGAGUAUGGAUGGAAGAAAAUUUGACGGACUUCAGACGGUGGUUGUAACUCUUUCAGUUUUAAAUCUUACAACAUUUGGAACUCAAGAGCGAAGAAAUGUUUUUCCUGUCGCAAUGUAUAUUGGUAAUGAACAGGAAAUUAUGGAUUAUUGUAAAAACUUUGCACAACAAGUCGAAAAGAUUUCGAAAGAUGGUAUACAAAUAACGAAAAAACAAGCAGACGCUUCGUUAAACAAAGAAAAUUUCAACAUGAAAGUGACUAUAAUAUGGGUUAGCGAUUUAAAAUCUCUGUCUUACGUGAGCGAUUUAUUAGAAGGCAAUAUGUUUUGUUUGAGAUGCGCAUGCUUGAAAUGUAAUAGCUUAAAUGGAACCUCCAUGCCAAGGUUUUUAAAUCACAAGUUUGGUAUUGAUUCAUCCAAAAUUUAUAUUUGCAUUCUCCACGCAGAAGAACGUAUUACGGAGCAUUUGGUAAAAUGGUCCCUUACAAAAGAAGAAUAUGAAAAAUUAGUGCUUGAAAGAGUAAGAAAACUACCAUGUUUUUCAUCUUCCUUUACAUUUCAUUCGACCCAAGUUAAAAAUACAUCUGACGCAGAAGAAGAUCCAGUAUUAGAAAACGAGGACUAUAAAUUCAUGUUGACUGGAGGAAUGGUUGAAGUUAUCUCACAGCAUUACAAGACAAUUUUUGAAAAUGUUGUUACGGAUGAAAUGAUGGAAAUUUGGGAUCAGUGGAUUAUUGUUCGUCAAUGGCUUAAAAUGACAAAUGAUGAGCGAGCAAAGAAAACAGAGGAAGAGCUUUUAGAAUUUUAUCAAUUAUUAACUAAAUGGCAUAUCAACAUUGUAGAACUACGAUCAAGCGUUGGAGUGCUUCCGUAUUACAUACACAUUAUUGUGCAUCAUGUAAAAGAAUUUUUCGAUGAAAUUGGUUCUCUGGUUCCUGUUUCCAAUGAAGCAGUAGAAGGUUCUCAUCAACAUGACCAUUUUAUAACAGAAAGAGCAACAGCAAAAGGUAAAAAGAAAUACUUUUUCGAUGAAUAUGUGAAAGAUAGUAAUACUGUGUGGAACGAGAUGAGUAUUUAUACAGAGCCAGACUUGUCUAUUGAUGAGUUUAACAAUAUAUUUAAAUAUGAAAAACAUAUUCCAAGAAAAGAAGACAAAAGAGAAUGGAAUCAAUUGUUCCAAAUUUUCCAACUAAUUGUGAAAAAACUUAGAGUAUUAUUUCUCUCUUUCAGGUCUGAUGAAGAUACUACAUUUGAAAGAAUAGAAGAAAGAAGUGGUGACAAGGUUAAGGAGAGAUGGAAUAGCUUCAAUGAUCUGAAAAUCAAGGAUCGAGUAAUAAUUGAAAGUGAUCAAUCAACUGCUACUAAUUUACAGUCUUCUCGUUCAGAAUUAGAGAAAUCUAAGCUGGAUCUUUAUUUACAGACAAAUGUUCAACAGGAAGAAAUGUUUCAGGACGAAAUGAGUGAUUUUGAAGAUGAUGAUGGAGAUGAAGAGAUGACAAAUAAUGAACAGCUAUUCGAUGAACUAAGUGAUUAUGAAGACGGUGAUGAAGAGAUGGAGUUUGGAGAGGAAACUAGUAUUCCUGACGACAUAGUGGAUUUUAUUUUUUGA